CAAACCUUCGCUGCAAAACUCACAGAAAGAGUCAACGAGAGAGUCAAUAGAGAUAGAGAGAGAGAGAGAGAUCGCACGGUCGCGGCCUGAACCCUAACUCCUCCGCCGGCGAUGGCGAGAUCUCCGAUCCUCCCGGCGCUGACCUCCCUCCUCCUCCUCCUCCUCCCGGCGUUCCUCGCUGCCUCCCUCCCCCUCGAGAGCCCCAAGGGCCGCAAGGUCCUCGUCCUGCUCGACGACCUGGCCGUCAAGUCGUCCCACUCCCUCUACUUCCGCUCCCUCGAGUCCCGCGGCUACGACCUCGACUUCAAGCUCUCCGACGACCCCAAGAUCGGCCUCCAGCGGUACGGCCAGUACCUGUACGACGGCCUCAUCCUCUUCUGUCCGGCCACCGAGCGUUUUGGAGGAUCUCUUGACCAGGCUGCCAUUCUGGAUUUUGUGGAUUCGGGCCACGAUUUGAUUGUUGCUGCCGAUGCUAAUGCUUCGGAUUUGAUUCGAGAGAUCGCUACCGAGUGCGGAGUUGAUUUUGACGAGGAUCCCGUGGCUAUGGUUAUUGAUCACGUUGGCUAUGCAGUUUCGGACACAGAAGGAGACCAUACACUGAUUGCUGUGGAUGAUUUCAUCGAUUCUAGUGUCAUUCUAGGGAAUAAGAAAAUCGAGGCUCCAGUACUUUUUCAGGGGAUUGGACAUUCAUUAAAUCCUUCCAACAAUCUGGUCUUGAAGGUUCUUGCAGCUUCUCCUUCUGCCUACUCUGCUAAUCCAAAGUCCAAGUUGUCAAAUCCGCCAUCACUUACUGGAUCUGCUAUAUCACUGGUUUCAGUUGUGCAGGCGAGAAACAAUGCUAGAGUAUUGAUUACCGGCUCAUUGAGUAUAUUCAGCAAUCGAUUGUUCAGAUCAAGUGUGCAGAAGGCUGGGAGCUCAACCAGGCAUGAGAAAGCAGGAAACGAGCAGUUCUUCACUGAAAUUAGUAAAUGGAUAUUCCAUGAGAGAGGACAUCUAAAGGCUGUGAAUGUGAAACACAAUAAAGUUGGGGAAGCUGAUGAACCUGCGAUGUAUAGGAUCAAUGAUGACCUGGAAUACUCCAUUGAGAUAUACGAAUGGUCUGGAAGCAGCUGGCAACCAUAUGUUUCAGAUGAUGUUCAAGUUCAGUUUUACAUGAUGAGCCCUUAUGUUUUGAAAACUUUAUCUACUGACAAAAAGGGUGUCUAUUCUACUUCAUUUAAGGUUCCAGAUGUCUAUGGUGUUUUCCAGUUCAAGGUUGAAUACCAAAGGCUUGGAUACACUAGCUUGUCCCUAGCAAAGCAGAUUCCAGUACGACCUUUCAGACACAACGAGUAUGAAAGAUUUAUUCCAGCUGCCUAUCCCUAUUAUGGUGCAGCAUUCUCUAUGAUGGCGGGCUUCUUUCUCUUCACCUUUGUCCACUUAUACAACAAGUAGACGUAUUACACUUUCCCCUUCUUGAGACCUAAUUUUUGUAGAAGUUUUAGCACCUUAUGUUCCAGAAAUUCAUGAAGAUCCAACUUUUAAAGUAUUGCAAGAGAUGGAUGACAAAUUUUCCUCCAAUUUUCCAUAUGCGAUAGUAACUAUUCAUGUUUCAUGUACAAAACAUAAAGCCAGGUUGCGAAUUUCUUA